AUGGUCGGCAACAACAGCGGUGACGGCAAUAGCAAUGGCGAUGACAAGGGGAUGACUGUCGAGAGUUUGCCAGUGCUGCGAGUGGCGUCGGACAGCAGUCGCAUGGUGGUGCCCCGCAGUGCAUGGGCUCAGACACUGGUGGUGGAUCACAUGCUGGGCCGUGGACUGAGACCCAUUGCUGCUGCCCCUCUUAUCCAUGAUGCCCCUGCUGUUGCUCAUGUUCCUGCAGCUGCUCCUUCGGUCCAUGAUGCUCCUGCCCCUGCCGCCAGUUCAUGGGCUCAGACACUGAUGGUGGAUCACAUGCUGGACCUCUUCCCACCCGCUCUGGUCGCACACAUGCACCUGAGCGCCCUGCAGGCAGGCCAGCACUUGGACCUCCUCCGAGCAUUCCCUCCCUUCCUGGACGCUUCUGCGUUGGGUUUGCUUGGGUCACACACAGCUGCGCUACAGCCGGCUGGAGCCGGCACUGCGGGAAACAUGGCAGCCGCUACAGCCGCUCCUUUUGCACCUGGAGGGCUGCCCGGCCUUGGCCCAAACACAGCUGCGCUGCAGCCAUUUGGCGCUGGCACUGCAGGAGACACGGCAGGUGGUGGAAUAGCAGCCGCUACAGCCAUUCCCUUUCCAGCUGCUGCAUGGGCUGGGCUUGAGGGACAAGCAGCAGCUGUGCUACUGCCGCCUGGAGCUGCCACUGCAGGAGACAUGGCAGGCAGGGGGAUGGCAGCCGCCACAGCCACUCCUUUCCCUGGUGGGGCUGACGCACGCAUGCUACAACGGAGGAGCAGUGACGUCACUACUUUUGGGGCUGGGGCUGACACACAUACACUACAAGGGAGGAGCGGCCAAGCCGUGCAAGCAGAGCAUGGUUCCGAGGGUGGGGAUGGGGGAGGCAAGGAGGGUGACCGGGAGGAGCAAGAGGGGGUCUACAUUUUUGGGCAACUGAUAUCCCCACCAACACAAUGA